AUGAGAUUCGUCAAGAAGCUCAGAGCCGCCAAGUUGGCUGCCGGCCCCAAUGAGAAGCCCGCUGUCGUCAAGACCCAUCUCCGUAACAUGCUUGUUCUCCCUGAGAUGAUCGGAUCUGUCAUCGGUGUCUACAACGGUAAGGUCUUCAACCAAGUCGAGAUCAAGCCCGAGAUGGUCGGCCACUACCUCGGUGAGUUCUCCAUCACCUACAGACCUGUUGCCCACAAGAGACCCGGUGCUGGUUCUACCAAGGACUCCAGAUUUAUUCCUUUGAAAUAA